AACUCUCAUUAAUCUAAUAAACUUUUUUACUAUGAAUACGUUUGUAGGGGACGGAGAUCACUCUCCAACUGACCUAUACGUUGGUAUGUACUUCAAGAGCAGAGAUGCCUUCAGGCAACAUAUGGCAUGCUACGCAAUAAGCAAAAAGUUCAAGUUCCGGUGUGAAAAAUCUGGUCCGUAUGUCACGGUCUUGUCAUGCUGCGGAAACACAUGUAAAUGGCGAGUCUAUGCAGUCCUCAUCGAGGGCACAAAUGCUUACGAGGUUAGGAAGUUAGUGAGCUCGCACAGUUGUUCAGUUGACGAGAGAGCUGGAUAUCAGAGACAGGCAACAUCUACUGUCAUCGGUGAGAUGAUGAAGCCAAAGUUUGUUGGUUCUGGUUCCGGACCAAGGCCAAUGGAAAUAAGAAACAUGAUGCGAGGGGAUCAUGCAGUUAAUAUUUCCUACUGGAAGGCUUGGCGUUCACGUGAAGCAGCAAUCGACCAAGCAAAAGGCUCGUGUGUGGCUUCUUACAAAGCACUCCCCACAUACUUGCAUAAGCUUGUAGAGGCCAACCCAGGAACAGUUGCUGAUUUAGCAACAGAAUACCAGGAGGGAGUUGGCCACCGCUUCAAAUAUAUGUUUCUCGCCAUGGGAGCUUCGAUCAAGGGUUAUCCUUACAUGCGUAAGGUGGUUGUUGUCGAUGGAACUCAUCUGAAAGGGAAGUAUGCAGGGUGUCUGCUAACAGCCUCAGCACAAGAUGGAAACUACCAGAUAUAUCCGCUUGCGUUUGCUAUAGUUGAUGGAGAAAACGACAAGUCUUGGGAAUGGUUCUUCCAGAGGCUAACAUCGAUAGUCCCAGACGAGGAAGGUUUGGUGUUUGUUUCAGAUCGUCAUGCAUCAAUAUACCAGGGACUCAGGAAGGUGUAUCCAAGUGCCGGUCAUUGUGCUUGUAUUGUCCACUUGAAGAGAAACAUAAGAACGAACUUUAAAGAAAGACACCUUGGUUACUUGGUUGCAAAGGCCGCACGAGCAUUUAGGAUGUCUGAGUUCUACUCCACUUUCAACGAGAUCAAGAAAGUCAACCCGAGAUGUGCCGACUACUUAAUUGAUCUUGGAUUAGGUCAUUGGGCAAGAUCUCAUUUCCCAGGUGCACGCUACAACAUCAUGACUAGUAACCUGGCAGAGUCAUGGAACGCAGUAUUGCGUGAAGCCAGAGAGUAUCCUGUGGUUCCGUUAAUAGAGUUCAUACGUUCUAAGCUAAUGUCAUGGUUCUCAAAGAGACGUCAGUCUCUCGAAGGUAAUAAUGCUGCCUUGGCUCCUAAGGUAUUGGAACUGCUUGCUGCCAGCUUUGAGUUGACAGGUGCAUUUGAGGUCAAGAAGGUGGACACCGGAGAGUACGAGGUGCGCGACACGAGUGGUGUCUCAUUCCUCGUAAACCUGCCUGAAAAGAGUUGCACUUGCUACCAGUUCCAGAUGCUUCGCAUACCAUGUUCACAUGCAAUUGCUUCAGCAAUACAAGCAGGGGUUAAUGUAGAAUCAAUGGUUGCAGACGUGUACAGCGUAGCAUUCAUGAAGUCUGCGUACAAGGGACAUAUAUUGCCUCCAAAAGAAUACGAGAUUCACUCGGAACUCUCUUCGGCAAUGGAAGCUCUCUACCUACAACCUCCUUCAACUAGGCGCCCACCAGGAAGGCCUCGUAAGCAGAGAUUCCUGUCCCGCGGUGAAGUGCGUAUGAAGAUAACUCGAAGGAAGACAGUGUGUAGCCGGUGCAAGGGGAUAGGUCACAACCGUGCUACAUGCAAGCAACCAAUAUGAUAUGAAUGCAGCUACAGAGGGGAUUGAAAGCAAACGGAGGUGUACGCAAAGAAGGUGGUUUAAUGGCAUGCGAAUAAAUGUUGACUUGUGUAAUAGAUGUAAUAUAUAAGUGAUGCAUGUUCUAGGCUUGGGUAUGGGGAUUUGGUUGUGCUCCGUAUUAUUAUCUUAAAUAAAGCUUCCCCCUCUUUUUUAUGUAUGUUGACUCUUAGAGAAUUUCCAUUGUGUACAAGAACCAUAUGUUAUAUGUUAUAUGGUUGGUUGCUUGCAUGGUUUUGGCAGGGUCAAGAACCAUAUGUUAUAUGGUUAAUUUCAUAUAAAGCUGUAAUAUGAUCCCGUUAGACGGCUAUAAUAGGUAAGGAAUCAUUUUAACUAACCAAACCACUACUUGUUGAACAUUUAACAAGUGUUUAGUUUUACAGACAUGUUAGCUAGAUAUUUAACAACUCACUAAUAUAUUACAACAAUUAUACGGUUAAUGAAUACCUCAAAUAGGAUAAAUGUAUAGU